AUGUCUGCGAAGAAGCUUCUCAUCGCUGCUCUGAGCUCAGCAGCUCUAGCCGCCCCCUUCGAUAGCGUAGUCGAAGAACGUCAGGAGGCUUGUGCACCUGCCUGGGGCCAAUGCGGCGGGCAAGGCUGGACGGGAGCUACAUGCUGCGCGUCCGGAAGUGCAUGUGUCGCGUCCAGCGAGUGGUAUCAUCAAUGCCUUCCGGGAGCUGCAGCCACUACUAGUAGCACGACGUCGAGGAGCUCUACCACGGCCCCUGCGCCCUCAACCUCGUCCACUACUAGGCCUACGGUUACCGUUAGCAGCACCGUAACGACAAGUGCUUCCAUUCCGGUGGGAAGCGGUACGGCUUCAUGGACCGGAAACCCGUUCUCGGGCGUCAAGAUGUGGGCCAACUCGUACUACGCCUCAGAAGUCUCGGCCUAUGCUGUCCCUACUCUAGGCCCUGGUGCGGCGGCUGUUGCCGAGGUUCCCAGCUUCCAGUGGCUUGACACUCGAGCCAAGGUCCCGUUGAUAGCAGAGACCUUGGCGGACAUUCGCAAGGCUAACCAGGCUGGCGCCAACCCACCUUACGCCGGUAUUUUUGUUGUCUACGAUCUUCCGGACCGUGACUGCGCCGCCGCGGCGUCGAACGGCGAGUAUGCGAUCAUCGAUGGCGGUGUUCAGAAAUACAAGGAGUACAUCGAUGCCAUCGUCGAACUGUUCAAGGCCUACUCCGAUAUUCGGCUACUCCUGGUCAUAGAGCCCGACUCGCUAGCCAACAUGGUCACGAACUUGAAUGUCGCGAAGUGCGCAAACGCCCGCUCUGCCUAUGAGGAGUGCUCGAAGUACGCCAUCCAGAAUCUGGAUCUGCCCAACGUCGCUAUGUACCUCGACGCCGGGCACGCGGGCUGGCUCGGGUGGCAGGCGAACUUGGAGCCGGCCGCGCAGAUGUACGCGCAGCUAUACAAGGAUACCGGGUCGCCUAAGGCGCUGCGCGGACUAGCCACCAACGUCGCCAACUACAACGCCUGGAAGAUCAGCUCGUGCCCUUCGUACACGCAAGGCAACACUAACUGCGACGAGGAGCGGUACGUGAAUGCGCUGGGGCCGCUGCUCUCGGCCAACGGCUGGGACGCGCACUUCAUCACCGAUACGGGCCGCAGCGGCAAACAGCCGACGGGCCAGCUGGAAUGGGGCCACUGGUGCAACGUCAUCGGUACCGGCUUCGGCCCCCGCCCGUCGGCCGACACGGGCCACGAGCUGCUCGACGCCUUCGUCUGGAUCAAGCCCGGCGGCGAAUGCGACGGCACCAGCGACACGACCGCCGCCCGGUACGACUCCCACUGCGGCCUGGCCGACGCGCUCAAGCCCGCGCCCGAGGCCGGCGCGUGGUUCCAGGCCUACUUCGAGCAGCUGUACAAUAACGCCAACCCGUCUUUCCAGUGA